GUGACGUUGGUUACUAUAAGGUUGAUACGGUUUGUUGGUAUGUGCGUGUGAUUACUGUAAAGGAAAACAUGGCCUCGUUUGAUUUACAAACAUUUAUUAAUAAUCCAGGAAUAGAGCAAAUUAAGAAGUGCAGGAAGGAUGAUUUGAUUGCCAUUGCUAAUUAUUUUCAAAUCCCCAUUUCAAAGCAGUCUCUUAAAAGGGAUAUUAAAAGCAUUGUUGUGAGUCAACUAUUGGAAUUAAAAAUUUUGGCAACACCGGGUGCGGAUGGCGGCGCAGGAGUCGGCCCUGGUAGUACUGCCGACACGCAGCCUCUCCAUUCGGUGGGGGAAUCGGACGAGGUGCAGGCGGCGGCUGUGACUGAGGCGGAGGCCGAGGCCAAGGCUGCUUUGCCGCCCUUUGAUCCGUUCUCCCCUGCUUCCACUGGGUCCGUAGACGGGGCGCGACUGAGAGUCCGUCUGGCCCGAUUGCAACUAGAAGCGCAGGAGAAGGCACAGGCGCGUCAAGCUGAGAUGGAGCUGCGUCUAGAAGUACGCAGAUUGGAAAUUGAGGCUGACACAAGGAUUAAGUUACGGAAGCUUGAAUUGGAGGCGACGAAGGUUGCCGCUAGUCCGGUUGCGCAAACUGCUGAUAUACAGGGCUCUGAUACUCCUUCACUGCCACGGAAUCCCCCCUCGGUUGCAUUUGACGUGCUGUACUCUUACAGGAGGAUGCCUCGGGUAUUGAUCACCCCGUGUGUUAUUUCUCUAGAAAGUUCAACAAACACCAACGCAACUAUUCCACAAUUGAGAAGGAAGCUUUGGCGCUCCUUCUUGCACUACAAUAUUUUGAGGUUUAUAUUGGCUCAUCUUCCAUACCUGUUGCUGUAUUUACUGAUCAUAAUCCUCUCACCUUUCUGUCUCGUAUGUACAAUCAAAAUCACCGUCUCAUGCGUUGGGCUCUAAUUGUACAAAAUUACAACUUGGAGAUCUUUCAUAAAAAGGGAACUGAUAAUGUUGUGGCGGAUGCCCUUUCUCGUA